AAAAAGCUGAACCACAAAGAGGUGGAGAGACGCAGAAGGGAGACUAUCAAUAACGCGAUAAGGGAACUGCAGGAGCUGGUUCCAACCACACACACCAACAAGGCCCAGAUAAUCCGGAAGGCCUCGGAGUUUAUCAAGAAGUUAAAAGAGAAGGAAGAGAACCUGGUCAACAAAUGGACUUUGGAAAAAAUCAUCACAGAUCAGGCUAUCAGCGAACUCGCAAACUCUAACGAGAAGUUGAAGUCUGAGUUAGAAAAGGCGUACAGGGAAAUCGAACAUCGUAAACACGUU